GGUGGGUCUCUGUUCAGUGGACUGUCAGUGAGAACCAAAUAAGACUUAUCAGAGUGAGGGGGGAAAAGAGACUUUCUGCAACUUGACAUCUUCAAACACUGAGCUAAUUUGUCAUAUUUUCAGAAAAGUUCAUGCACUGCAUUGUGUACUGGUAGUCGAACACGAACUAGAAGGCAAUUUGAAGGAGAUUUCAUGGUGGUGUGUUUUACAACAAGAUGUUGGCUGUUCACCUUGUUUCCUCCUUCUUCUCCAAACUCCAGGAGGACCCCACGAAGAAGGUGGACAGGUUUCUGUAUGCAAUGUGUCUCCACGACGACCAACUAAGUGACAUCUCGACUCGUUUCCAGGCUGAAAUGAAGAAGGGGCUUUCAGCAGAAAGCAACGCCGCUGCAGCAGUGAAGAUGCUGCCAACACAUGUCCGCUGCACUCCUGAUGGAUCAGAAACGGGACAGUUUCUGGCACUGGAUCUUGGAGGUUCCAAGUUUAAGGUGCUCCAAGUUAAAGUGAGAGAGGGAAUGAGGAUGAGGAGGGGAGGAGUGGAGAUGGAGGAGAAGACUUACCCGAUACCCAGGGAGCUACUUGAGGGGAGAGGAGCAGAGUUGUUUGGCCAUGUGUCAGAGUCUCUGAAGGACUUCCUGCAUGAGAAGAACAUCAGUUUGGAGAAGAAACAUCCUCUGGCCUUUACUUUCUCUUUCCCCUGUGAACAGUCCACCCUCGAUCGGGGAUUAUUGUUGAGCUGGAGUAAGACCUACCGGGCUCGAGGCCUCCAGGGGAAGGAUGUGGUCCAGGUCCUCAGAGAAGCUAUUGACAAAACCGGAGGAAUGCACAUAGAGGUGUUGGCUAUGGUUAAUGACACUGUCGCGGCCAUGAUGACCUGUGGUUUUGAAGACAGGUACUGUGAAGUGGGACUCAUCAUUGGAACAGGCACCAACGCCUGCUACAUGGAGGAGCUCUGUCACGUCGACCUGGUGGAGGGCGACGAGGGCAGGAUGUGUGUGAACACUGAGUGGGGAGCCUUUGGAGAUGAUGGGGCUCUGAAUGAUUACAUCACUGAGUUUGACAGGGAUGUCGAUGCAGCCUCCAACAACCCUGGGAAACAGAUCUUUGAGAAGAUGGUCAGUGGGAUGUAUCUGGGGGAGUUGGUGAGGCUGGUUGUGUUAAAGAUGGCUACACUGGGAAUACUGUUCGAGGGACAUGUGUCGGAUGCUCUGAGGACCAAAGGAAAAAUAACCACUGCACAUGUGGCCGCCAUGGAAGAGUACAAAAAUGGUCUGAAGAACACCAGAGGCAUCCUCAUGGACCUUGACUUGACCCCUUCACCAGAUGACUGCGUUGCUGUUCAGCAUGUCAGCACCAUUGUGUCCUUCAGGUCCUCGAAUCUGGUGGCCGCAGGACUGGCCGCCAUAUUGACUCGAAUCAAGAACAACCGGAAUUUGAGGACAUUCAGGAUGACUGUAGGUGUGGAUGGAACGGUGUACAAGACCCACCCACAGUAUCCUAAACGUCUUCAUAAAGUGCUGCAGCGGUUGCUUCCUGAGUGCCAGGUUCGAUUUGUCUUGUCACACAGUGGCAGCAGCAAAGGAGCGGCCCUGGUUACGGCAGUUGCCCAGAGACUUGCAUCACAGAAGCGAAAGGUGGAUGAGACACUGUCUCCUUUCAGACUGAGCAGCGAGCAGCUCCAGUUGGUGAAGGCCAGGAUGAGGGCAGGGCUGGAGGCAGGGCUGAAGAGAGAAGGCCCCUCUGAAGUCAAGAUGCUGCCUUCGUUCCUUUACAGCCCACCUGAUGGCACAGAGCAUGGACAAUACCUUGCCCUGGAUCUGGGAGGGACCAACUUCAAAGUGAUGCUGGUGAACUUUAGAAAAGGUCUGCACCAGAGUUCACAAGUCCUCCAUAAGAUCUACACCAUGCCACUGGAGAUAAUGCAGGGAACUGGUGACGAGUUGUUUGAUCAUAUUGCGGAGUGUGUCAGUGACUUCCUGGACUACAUGGGGAUAAAAAAUGAUCGGCUUCCUGCGGGCUUCACCUUCCCUUUUCCCUGUGAGCAGACGGCCAUCGACACAUGCAAGCUGGUGAGCUGGACCAAAGGUUUCAAGGCCACAGACUGUGAAGGAAAUGAUGUUGUUAGCAUGCUGCGGGAGGCCAUCAAGAGACGCAACGAGGUUGAGUUGGACAUAGCAGCUGUGGUCAAUGACACAGUGGGGACCAUGAUGAGCGGCACCUACGAAGACCCUCAGUGUGAAAUUGGACUGAUUGCUGGAACUGGCACUAAUGUUUGUUACAUGGAGGAACUGAAGAACAUCAAGAAGACUGGACAAAAGAAAGGACCAAUGGAAAGAGAAGAGGGGAAGUCUGGAAGAGAGGAGAAUAAGCAGGAGGACGGGACGAAUGGAGAGACAGAGCAGGAGAAGGCCGAUAUACAGAAGAUGUGUAUAAACACUGAGUGGGGAGGUCUGGGUGAUUAUGGCUCGCUGGAUGACAUCAUCACACCUUCUGAUGUUGAGGUUGACCAUAACUCAAUUAACCCUGGAAAACAAAGGUUUGAAAAACUGACCAGUGGGAUGUACUUAGGUGAAGUUGUCCGUCAGACAUUAUUGGAUUUAACCAGAGCAGGUUUGCUGUUCAGAGGACACGUCACUGAAACUUUAAAGACUCCAGGAAUAUUCCAAACCAAAUACCUGUCACAAAUAGAGAGUGAUCGUCUGGCUCUGCUGCAGGUCAGAUCUAUUCUCCAGGGUCUGGGGCUCGACAGCACCUGCGACGACAGCAUCAUUGUCAAAGAGGUUUGUGAAGCAGUGUCACGUCGUGCAGCUCAGCUGUGUGGGGCAGGAAUGGCGGCCGUGGUGGAUAAGAUCAGAGAGAACCGAGGGCUGGACCAUCUCAACGUGACUGUGGGGGUGGAUGGGACACUCUACAAACAUCAUCCACAUUUCUCUGAAGUUCUCCAGGAGACUGCCAGAGUUCUGGCUCCCCAGUGUAACGUGACAUUCCUCCCAUCAGAGGAUGGCAGCGGGAAGGGUGCGGCCCUCAUCACAGCUCUGACCAGGCGGAGAGAGGAGAUGUAACUUGACCGAAAUGGUUUAUUUUUCCUUUUUGACAUUUUCUUGCAAUUUGAAAUGUGUGAAAGUGAAUCUUGUCUAGGAGAACUUUAGACUGUGACAUGUUGUCAUGUGUUACAGCACAAGUCACAUUCACCCAUAUUCACACAGCGCUGCUAUUUACUGUGCUUUUUCUGUCACAUUCAUACAAAUUCAUACACUGAGGCAGAGGCAAUUUAGGGAUAAGUGUCCUGCCAAAGGACACAUCGGCAUGUGGACUCAACUAGCUUCUGUGUUUUAGAGAAAACGUUUCUUAUUUGUCCUUAUUGUUGGCGCUGUACUGGAGAUGCACUAUACAUACACACAAUGUAUGACUGGCACAGCAAAUAUAUUUGGUUCUUCCUUUAUUUUUGGUAUUUGAGGGCCUUGAACCAAAGCCUUUCACGUCCCAAUCAGUCAGUAGCUUCGUUUAAAUCAAAGUUUAAAAUGUACGUUUAUUGUUCCUCAUAUGCUGAUUUGACCUAGUUUUUAUCAUCUGUAUUGUUGGUCAUGCUUACAUUUCAGUCACACAUUUAGUGUUUUUAUUCUUUUAUUACUGUGUUGUUGUUUUUUGUUAUAUUAUUUAAUGUGUGCUUGCUUAUGUGUUUUUUUUCUUGUGAAGCAAUUUCUAACUUUUUUCAGAUCGCUAUAUGGAUAAAGUUAUUAUUAUCAUCAUCCUUAUCGGUAUUAUAUUAAAUAUUCCCUCACUGCAAUCGGCUCCCAUUCGCUGAAUAUGUUUGUUUGUGCUGACUAAAAGACUGUGUUUGAAGUAUGUCUGUGUUCGUGCGCUGGUCAGCAGUACUUCAGUAUUGAUAAAGGGCAGGAGGAGGAGGAAAAGAAUGCUGCUGACCAUAUUUCACAAAAACAACUGUUGCUCUGUUCCAUUAUUAUCCUGGACUGACUGUGUCCUUGUGACUGCCUGUCUGUCUCUCUCUCUGUCUGUCUGUCUGUCUGUCUGUCUGUCUGUCUGUCUCUCUGUCUGUGCCAUUUUGGUCAUUCUGUCCAUGUGGUUUAUCUGUCUGGCUGGAUCCUUGCCUGUCUGCCAGUGUCUUUAUCUGUCAGUCUGCACGAUACAGGCAGUGCAAUGAAAGUACAGGCACAAGGAGGAAUCCACUCAGAGUAAAUUGUUAUGUAACUAAACCUUUUACACAUUUUCUCUUGAUUUGAACUGUUGACAUAUUAUUGAUUAAAAUAUUGGUAUCA